GACAGCACCGACCUGUGACGUCAAGAAUUGAGGGAACAGAAAACAAUUUUCUGAAAGCUUAGUAAUUGUUGUCUGACGGGUUUGACUAUAGAUUGCGGUCGUCUAGAUGGAAUGAUCCGCCCCCAGAUAGCUUCGCUAUGAAAACCAUCGGCAUCUUCCCCGCAUCGGGCGGCCUGGGCGGGAGCACCUACAGACACCUCCUGAAACUAGUACAGGCCGACAAGGUGAUCCUCAUCAGCCGUCACCCAGAGAAGACGCCGCAGGAGUACAUCGACGCCGGCGUCCAGACACGCCAAGCAUCGUACGAGUCGUCUCCAUCCGACCUGGAAGCCGCCUUCGCGGGGGUCGACACGCUCUUCCUGAUCUCCUACCCAUCCCAUGUGCGCGACUACCGCGUCAAGGUCCAGCUCCCGGCCGUCGACGCCGCCCACCGCGCCGGGGUCUCUCACAUUUUCUACAGCUCCCUGGCCUUCGCCGGCGAGGCGACGUCAAACCACUCCCUGGCCGAGGUGAUGCAAGCCCACCUCGCCACCGAGGCCCAUCUCCGCCAGCUAGCCAACGACGGCAACAGCCCUCUGAGCUACACCAUCCUCCGCGAAGGCCUCUACGCCGAAUCGACGCCCAUCUACAUGGCAUUCUUCCGCCCGGACCAACCACCGCAACAGCAACAGCAACCCGCAGAGAUCCGCAUCCCGCACGACGGGUCCGGCCCGGGCAUCGCAUGGGUCGCGCGCGACGAGCUGGGCGAGGCGUCGGCCAGGCUGAUCGCGCGCUACGCCACCACCACCACCGAGUCCGACGACGACCCGGCCGCCACAACGUUCCCGUACAUCAACAGGACGGUGCUGCUGACGGGGACCAGGGUGUGGAGCCUGGCGGACACGGUGAAGGUGCUGGCCGAGAUUGCCGGGCGGCGUGAUCUCGCGAUCAAGCAGGUUUCGGUCGACGAGUACGUGCAGCUGCCGCAGGUGCGGGCCGUGUUUGGGCCGGAGGAGGAGAAGGCGCGGACGUGGGCUACCGCGUGGGAUGCGGUGAGGGCCGGGGAGACGGCUGUGGUGACCGGGGAGAUGGAGGAGAUUCUGGGGAGGAGGCCCGAGGAUUUUGAGGUUGCUGCGCGGAAGUACUGGGCGGAGAACGCUGUACCUUCGUGAGGAGAUGCAGCAAUGAUUCAGUGUUGGAAUCUAGAGAGGAUGACACCUCUAUUUUUCGGGACGACUUCGUGAGUGAUAAUGGAUUGGCCAACUCUGAAUUUCCCCGUUCAUGUUGGAUCGUAAUGGCUUGACAACCGACA